AUGCGGGAGAACUAUGAGACGGUGACCUCGCUGGGAUUCCCCCUUCCCAAACCAGACCUGAUCACCCGGCUGGAACGAGGGGAAGAGCCGUGGGUGCCCAAUCUCCAGGCCUGUGAGGAAAGUGAGAACCCGAGAGGCACCCACACAGGUGAUGAGAGAGCAAUCCACACUGGAGAGAGACCCCAUAAGUGCUUAGACUGUGGAAAAAGUUUCAUACGGAGGUCAGUACUUGUUAAACAUCAGGCAAUCCACACUGGAGAGAGACCCCAUAAGUGCUUAGACUGUGGAAAAAGUUUCAUGCGGAGGUCAGACCUUGUUAAACAUCAGGCAAUCCACACCGGAGAGAGAUCUCAUAAGUGCUUAGACUGUGGAAAAAGUUUCAUACGGAGGUCAGGCCUUGUCAUACAUCAGGCAAUCCACACUGGAGAGAGACCCCACAAGUGCUUAGACUGUGGGAAAAGUUUCAUACAGAGGUCAAGCCUUCUUAUACAUCAGGCAAUCCACACCAGAGAGAGACCUCAUAAGUGCUUGGACUGUGGAAAAAGUUUCAUACGGAGGUCAACCCUACUUGAUCAUCAGGCAAUCCACACUGGAGAGAGACCCCAUAAGUGCUUAGACUGUGGAAAAAGUUUCAUACGGAGGUCAGGCCUUGCUAAACAUCAGAAAAUCCACACAGGAGAGAAAUCCCAUAAAUGUUUGGACUGUGGGAAAAGUUUCACACAUAGAUCAUAUCUUAUGGCACAUCAGGCAAUCCACACCGGAGAGAGACCUCAUAAGUGCUUAGACUGUGGAAAAAGUUUUAUACAGAGGUCAGCCCUGGUCAGACAUCAGGCAAUCCACACUGGAGAGAGACCCCACAAGUGCUUAAACUGUGGGAAUAGUUUCAUUCAGAGGUCAGACCUUGUUAAACAUCAGGCAAUCCACACCGGAGAGAGACCUCAUAAGUGCUUAGACUGUGGAAAAAGUUUCAUACGGAGGUCACGCCUUGUCAGACAUCAGGCAAUCCACACUGGUGGGGCGGGGAGCAGGGCCAUGGCUCUGGUAGGCUGCAAGUCGGGACGCAGACAUGGGGGUCAGUCCUGCUUCGACCGGAGGUACAGCCACCUGUAA